AUGCUCCUCCAUCUCGCUCUCACCGCUGCAGCGUUGUCCAGCUUCGCCUCGGCCGGCCAGUGGGAAGCCAACUUCUACGCGGGCUACGAUUGUGGCUGGGACCUCAACCGCACAGACUACUACAGCGUCUAUGGCACCGCAGCGCUCUGCGUCUACGCUGGAAAUCCAUUGCAGGUUGACAUCGACUGCACCUGGUGGACGACGGAAUCCGGAAACACUGGUGACCCCUGCACCGCUCCAAUGUUGGAUCCUCGCCCGAUGUCGUGAGUCUCCCGCUCACAUUCCCCGGCUGUCCAUAGCACCAAGUCUCGUCUUGGUUUCCAGUCUAGAUCGCCUUGCUGACUCUACGCGCUAGAUUUGAAGCCUCGGCCACCACCGAAUGCACUCUCUGGAUUGGCAAUGGGGCGUGUCUCGACGACCAUGCUCAAGUCGUCAACAUUGUCGGCGACUCCAAGACAUGCACUCGCCUUGAUUAUCCUGCCGAUGCUUCACCCGAGAACGGCGUCUCCUUCUCGUGCUGGGUAGCUAAGGGUUGA